AUGUCGUCUCCAUCGGGUAUCCAAACCUACACCUCAGCCCCCGUCAACGCAAACAAGACGGAAGAACAACAAGAAGUAGAAACACACGCAACAACUUCAAACAGCAACCCUGAACCAGCGACCGCAAUCGAAGUCGAAGCCUCAAAGACAGAUCCCUCACACCCUGCUCAGCUCCCUGCUACAACAACAGCAACUGCCACUGCACCUUCCGCCGAGGCGCUCUAUACUACAGCCAGCCCAGCCUCAGCCCCAGGUCCCGCCCAGCCAGGCGCCGUAGCAGCAUUGCCAACAGCCACAGCUACAUAUUCGCAGCUGAACAGUCCUCCCGCGACACAGACAGUACCAGAAGCAGUCACUGCAACAUCUACAACGACGUCGCCACCACAACCACAGCCAGGCGCUGUCCCAGCACCUCCCACUGCAGCUGCAGCAGCAACAACCCAACCCCAAACCCACUCUUCCAUCCCACCACCCCCCAAAGCAGGCGAGACAAUCCCCCCAGCUGCCCAGGCACCGGAGGACAACCACCCCAGCCAUCCUCCUACGCCUACAGUCCCUCCCCCUAAAUCCCAGUCCUACUCCCAGCCCCAGCCCCAGUUCCAGUCCCUGUCCCCGUUCCAGAACCAAAUCCCCAACUCGACAUCCGCGCCUUAUAAUACCGUCUACCAAACUUCAGCUGGGCAUCGUCCACAGAGUCUGCCGCAGUACAAUCAAAGUGCUUCUGCAAGUGGAUAUGGGUAUGGCGGUGGGAGUGGGAGUGGGAGUGGAUCAGGCGGUGGAGCAAGUGAUAUCUUCCCGGAUGAAGGGACUGGUUUUAUGAGUGCUGCUAAAGGGUGGAUGCAGGCUGCUGGCAGUAAGUUGGCGGAGGUUGAGAAGGAGGUUUGGAAGAAGAUUAAUGAUGCGCAUGAUGAGAAGUAG